AUGCUAAUCAUUAUUCCUGUUCGUCUGUGGCAUCUCUCAAAAAAACGAAACAAAGUCGUGGGAUCAUGGUUGGUCCUCAUCAAGCUGGUAGCUUGGUUGGCACUACUGGGUCUUCAAAUUGCACAAACAGCCCUAUGGGCCCUUCCGGCAGCUGACAGCACCAAGGCUUCGGUUGCAGCCAAUGUAGUCCUAACCGUCGGCGUACUCGCUCUCGCUCUGCUUUCAUAUGCAGAACACACGCGAUCUGUGCGACCCUCGUUCAUUUUGAACACCUACCUUUUCUGCAGCCUGCUUUUCGACAUCGCUCGGUCUAGAACGCUGUGGCUUCGCAGCGUGGACGCCUUCAAUGAUAUCCUUGCCAUUGUCGCGACAGUAGCGGUGGGCGUCAAACUGCUUCUGUUCGUGCUCGAAGCCGUAGAGAAGAGACAGAUUCUCAAAUCCGAAUACGCCGGUUAUCCGCCGGAAGCGACUGCAGGUUUCUAUAACCGUGCUGUGUUCUGGUGGCUGAACCCACUGUUCAAGAUCGGCUUCACUGGCGUCCUGCGUGUAGAGGAUCUAUUCUUAUUGGAUAAAGAGUUGAGCUCUGAGCGCCUUUUGGCUCGUUUUAAUGAGAAAUGGAGCAAAGUGACAACGAAAUCCCCGAACACCCUCCAAUGGGAGUCAUUGAAGGCUGUCAAAUGGCCUCUACUUGCAGCUGUUCCUGCCAGAGCUUGCGUUGUGGCGUUCAACUUCUGCCAGCCUUUGCUCCUGGAGAGAUCGCUCUCUUUCUUCAAUUCGCCCGUCAACAAGGGUACCCAAAACAUCGGGUAUGGCCUCAUUGGCGCCUAUCUCAUGGUUUAUGCCGGACUGGGAGUUUCAAUGGGCCAGUAUCAGCAUCUCACGUACCGCGGGAUUACCAUGGUCCGUGGUGUUCUUGUCACAAUGCUAUACAAGAAAGCCAGCUGUCUGAACCUCGGGGAGACCGAUCCCGCGAACUCGCUCACUUUGAUGAGCGCAGAUGUCGAGCGCAUCACAAAUGGAUGGCAAACCAUGCAUGAGAUCUGGGCAAACUCGAUUGAAAUUGCUUUGGCUAUCUACCUUCUCCAGAUUCAGCUGGGAAUUUCCUGUGUUGUUCCCGUUUGUGUCGCUCUGUUUGCUUUGGUUGGGUCGUUGGUCGGCAUGUCUUUCGUGGUCGCACGACAGGCCAACUGGCUGGAAGCUAUCGAGAAGCGCAUUUCCUCUACUUCCGGGAUGCUUGGGUCGAUGAAGGGAGUCAAAAUGCUUGGUUUGCAGGAUUCCUUCAUGAAGUUCGUUCACGGUCUUCGGAUCAGCGAGCUGGAUAUCUCCAAGAAGUUCCGUACCCUUCUCGUUUACAACAUGGCAUUUGCCUGGUUGACUCGCAUUUUCGCCCCCAUCUUCACCUUCGGUGUUUAUGUCGGUAUCUCAAGCGAUCCUUUGACCGUCUCUCGGGCUUUCACAUCGCUGUCUCUGUUCUCGCUUCUGGCAGAUCCGCUUUUGACCUUGGUGAUGGCACUUAUGUCUUUUGCUGGCGCUGUUGGGUCUUUCCAGCGCAUCCAGCAGUUCUUGGACAAAGAGGACCACGCUGAUCGGCGGAACAGCUCCUCGCAGACUUUGUUCCUCGAUGAUCUCGCUGAAAAGCGUGCCCUAUCGAAGGAUAAGGACCUUGACCUUUCUUCCAUCAACUCAGACUCUGUGGAUGGAACCUUUGGAUGGGAGGCUAACAAGGAUCCUAUUCUCAAGGAGAUUACCAUGAGUAUUCCUCGAGGCAGCUUCACUGUUCUCAUUGGACCCUCUGGAUGCGGCAAGUCUACUUUGCUCAAGGCUCUCCUUGGAGAAAUCCCCUGCUCAGAAGGCAAGGUUGCACUCGCGUCACCUAGCGUUGCAUACUGUGAUCAAACUCCGUGGCACAUGAAUGGCACUAUCAAAGACAGCAUCGUUGCGAUGUCUGACUAUGAUCCUAUGUGGUAUGCCUCUGUAAUUCAGGCUUGCGCUUUGGAAGAAGACCUCGCACAGUUCCCUCGUGGAGACGCUGCUGUUAUCGGAAGCAAAGGUGUCGCCCUCAGUGGGGGUCAAAGCCAGCGUAUCGCACUUGCACGAGCAGUGUACGCCCGGAGAAAGAUCGUGAUCCUCGAUGAUGCCCUCAGCGGUCUGGACGCAACCACGGAAAACCACAUCUUCCACAACCUUCUCGGGCCCAGUGGACUUCUGAAGGAGAUUGAAUCCACAGUUAUCGUCGCUUCAUCAUCUGGAAGCUUUUCUGCGCUGAACAAGACUGGUGGAUAUGUGUCAAGCUUCGGACUCGGGUUGCCUGACUGGGAGUACAAGACUAAGCGGUUCUCCGACUCUCCCAGUUACAGCAGCAUGGACACUGUCCAGAAAGAAAAGGAGUUAUUGGUCGAGGAGCCAGAGCACCACGAUAGAGGUGGCGAUCUUGGAAUCUACACAUACUACGUCAACGCCAUCGGAUGGCUCCCUGCGAUUAUCUUCAUGGUCGCAAUGGCUGGUUUCGUGUUCUGCAUCUCGUUCCCCAGCAUCUGGGUGAAAUGGUGGGCCCAGUCCGACACCGCACACCCCAGGCGGGAGAUCGGCCAUUAUCUCGGUAUCUACGCGAUGCUUGGCUGUGUCGCUAUGCUCGCAUUGAUUGUCGGCUGCUGGCAAAUGAUCAUCACCAUGGUUCCAAAGUCUGGCGAGAACUUCCACCGCAAGCUGCUGACCACUGUCCUCGGCGCUCCGAUGCUGUUCUUUUCCACUACCGACAGCGGUUCAAUCCUUAAUAGAUUCAGUCAAGACUUGCAACUCAUCGAUAUGGAGCUUCCUAUCGCUGCCAUCAACACUGUUGCUACCUUCUUCCUCUGUCUGGCGCAGAUGGCUCUUAUUGGAGUCUCCUCCAAAUACGCAGCCAUCUCCUUCCCGAUCGUGCUUGGUAUCUUGUUCCUAAUUCAAAAGAUGUACCUGCGCACCUCGCGCCAGCUUCGUUACUUGGAUAUCGAGGCCAAGGCUCCGCUGUACUCCCACUUCACCGACUGUCUUCAAGGACUCGUGACUUUGCGCGCCUUCGGAUGGCAACACGCCAUGGAGAAGAAGAACAUCGCUCUCUUGGACCACUCUCAACGACCCUUUUACUUCAUGUUCGCUAUCCAGCGCUGGCUUACUCUGUCGCUGGACAUGGUUGUGGCGGGAAUCGCUGUCCUUCUGAUCGUGCUGGUUGUUGUCCUCCGUGGAUCUACCCUCAGCGCAGGCUACGUUGGUGUCGCCCUGCUGAACGUUAUCCAGUUCAGUCAGAGCAUCAAGCUUCUGGUUACCUUCUGGACCAACUUGGAGACGCAUAUUGGUUCUAUUCAGCGCAUCAAGGACUUUACGUCAACUAUCGAGUCGGAAGACAAGCCCGGUGAAGACCAAGAUGUGCCCCCUAACUGGCCCUCCAAGGGUGCAGUCGCUUUCAACUCCGUCUCCGCGGCUUACAGACCCUCCGAGCCAGUUCUCAACGACGUCUCUCUCACUGUCAAGGCAGGUGAGAAAGUCGGCAUCUGCGGACGCACCGGAAGUGGAAAAACCUCCAUGAUCAUGAGCAUCUUCCGAAUGAUGGAACUAACCAGCGGCACCAUCACCGUGGACGGAGUCGACAUCAGUCGACUUCGGCGACGAGAGAUCCGCUCCCUCAUCAACGGCGUAUCCCAAGACUCCCUCCUCUUCAAAGGCAGCGUGCGCCUGAACGCCGAUCCAACCGGCCACCACACCGACCGCGACAUCUUGGCAGCACUCAAGAGCGUCCAGCUCCUCCCUGCGAUCGAAGAAAAGGGGAAUCUAGACACAGACGUCGACGAGAUCCACCUGUCUCACGGCCAAAAGCAGCUCUUCUGUCUUGCGCGCGCCCUUCUUCGCCCCGGCAACAUCCUCAUCUUGGAUGAAGCAACUAGCAACAUCGAUACCAAAACAGAUGAAAUUAUGCAGCGUGUCAUCAGAGAGAAAUUCUGUAAUCACACUAUUAUUGCGGUCGCUCACAAACUCGACACAAUCCUUGACUUCGAUCGUAUCGUUGUCUUGGAUGCUGGUCGCAUUGUCGAGAAUGGGGAACCGUAUGCGCUUCUCACUGAGCCCAAGUCGCACUUUAGCCAACUUUAUGCGAGUGCCAUGGCGACAGAGGAAUCGGAUUAA